GAAUGGGCCAAUCGUGUUGAAAGAGGCUUCCAAAAGUUGACCAUAGAAGGAGACAAACAGAUAGUAUUGUUAGCCAAAGAAUUAAGAGGUUUAAGUUUAAAAAGAAUGAACAGCCUCUGAUGAGAGGUAAUGAUGAGGUUAUUGUCAGACAGAAUGAAGCUCAUACAAAUAUUGUGCAGAAGAGGGAAAGUAGGAAAUUUGUUUUAAAAAAUGAUUGAGGAGAUAUACAAAAUCUUACCUUCGAAAGCAGUAUUGAGAUGAUCGAAGGUUUUAUGGGCAAGCUCCUCGAGUUUUUAGAAACUGGAGAAAUAGCAAUCCAAAAUAAGGAAUAUGUCAGCUGUUACACCAAAGUUUUAGCUCAGAUAGAAGAUCUUCGGGAAGAAGACCUUCUUAAAGAAUACACUCUCCAGUUCGAUAACUUUACUCUAGUUACAAGAUGGCUUUCAAAAGUGUUUGAUUUUGUGGAUAGAAACUAUGUCAAAUUUAACAGGCUAGAGUCUUUUGUCUUUACUGCUCUCGGUUUGUUUAGAGACAUUGUCUUCACUAAUUUGAAGCAAGCUUUGACUAGUGCACUUUUAAUUUCAUUCCAGAGGCACAGGUUGAAGGAAGAUGUCCACUGGGAAUUUAUUCAUAAGACUCUUCAAACAUUUGUAGAUAUUGGCUAUAAGCAAGAUGUUCAACUGAAGAAGAAUGGAAAUGACUACUGCUGGAGUGGAGUCAAAGAUCUGAGCAAAUAUAGGGAUGUUUUUGAGAACAAAUUUAUCAAAGAAACUCAAGACUAUUACUCUAUAAAAGCAACUGAAUGGGCUCAGAAUCUGAGUUGACCAGAGUACAUCGCUGUUGUUCAAGAGACUCUAGAAAUGGAAGAGCAAAUCUUAGUCGACUACAUGGACCAAAGCACUAAAAAUCAACUAAAGUUAGCUCUCAAUAAAAUAUUAAUAGAAUGGAAAGCUGAAGAAAUCAUUACAAGACAAGAGAGUGGAUGACAAGAGCUUCUUAAGAACAAAAGUGUAUAUUUGCUGUCACAAAUGUACCUACUGUAUUCUCGAGUUGAGCCUACUCUUAAAUACAUCCUCCUCGAACUUAGUAAUUAUGUUGAAGAGUUAGGCCAAAUAUUGAUCAGCAACGAGGGAUUACAGAAGCAGCCGAUCAAAUUUGUAGAAAAGUUGCUGGAGCUCAUGGCAGAAAUCCAAGAAAUUGUUCUGAAGUGCUUCCAAAAUGAUCGAAAGUUUCAUUUAGCUUGCGAAAAUUCCUUCCUGAGUUUUAUGAAUAAGUUCUCAGAAACUCCACAGUACAUUGCAGGAUAUUGUGACCAUCUAUUUAAAGGAGGAAUUAGAGGUAUGACUGAAAACCAGAUUGAGGACACCUUUGAAGCAGUUAUUUGUCUCUUUAGGUGCAUCCAUGACAGAGAUAUAUUCAUUAAGGUGUAUACUAAAUAUCUAGCCCAGAGAUUGCUGAACAAGACUUCAUUGAACGCUGAUGCUGAGAAGUCAAUGAUCUCUAAAUUAAAGAUUGAGUGCGGAAUAAAUACUGUUCGAAGGCUAACGAAAAUGUUCACUGAUAUUGAACUUUCUAAGAGUACAAUGAAUGACUUUAAAAUCUAUAAUAGAGGAACUACUGAAUUUAGAGGAGUAGAUAUUAAUGUAGAUAUUCUAACUUCAGGCAUGUGGCCAGAAAAAACCGCAUAUUCUUGUAAACUACCUCCUGAGUUGAGCGUCUGAAGCCAAAAAUUUAGUCUCUUUUAUAAAGAAAAGAAUGGUGGGAGAAAUUUAAAAUGGCUUUAUGGCUCUUGUAAUGCAGUUAUAAAUACACUAUUGUUUAACAAAACUUAUACAUUGACAGUUACUUGUUAUCAGGCUGUAAUCUUAUGCCUCUUUAAUGAGCAUGAAAGAUUGACUGUUGCUCAGGUUAAGGAAAUGAGUUGAUUGCCUGAGGAAGAAUUAGUUAGGCAACUAAAACAGCUUUGAAAUCCUAAAAUGAGACUUUUGUCUAAAGAUAAACCCAAGGUGCCCAAGUUUGCUCCAGAUGAGGGAUUGGAAGUUAACACAAAUUUUAAAUAUAAUCUAGUUAAAGUGAACUUUAUUCCGAAAGUUGUUUACAAGAAGAAACAUUUACAGAAGAUGACAGAUAUAGAGAACAAAAUCAAAGAAGAGAUCAAAAGCGAAAGAGCUCUUGUACUUGAUGCUAUGAUUGUCAGGAUCAUGAAGGCAAGGAAGAAAGAGAGUCACACCGAACUCAUCACAGAGGUUAUCAAACAAAUCUUCUUAUUCAAACCUCAGCCACAAAUGAUCAAGCAGUCGAUUGAGAGACUUAUCGAGAAAGAAUACCUCAAAAGAUCCAAAGACGAUCUCCAAAUAUACAUCUACAUCCCCUAACCCCCUUAAUUCCCUCUUCAA